AUGGCCAAACCAAUCUCCUCACCUCUCCAUGAAAAAUUUCCCCAGAAAAACACAUUCCAUAGAGCCUUGGACCUCACCAUCUUCUUCCUUCUUCUCUCUCUCCUUGCUUAUCGUCUCCUUUCCCUCAAAAACAAUGGCUUCACUUGGCUCCUCGCCUUCCUCUGUGAGUCAUGGUUCACCUUUAUUUGGAUUCUUAACGUCAGCACCAAAUGGAACCCUGUGUCCUACAAAACAUACCCUGAACGUCUUCUACAAUGUUAUCGAGUUGAUGAGCUUCCUCCAGUGGACAUGUUUGUGACAACUGCAGACCCCAUGCUGGAACCCCCUAUCAUCACUGUAAACACUGUCCUCUCCUUGCUGGCAGUUGACUAUCCAGCUAACAAGCUUUCUUGCUAUGUGUCCGAUGAUGGGGCUUCCCCUCUCACCUUCUACGCUCUCCUUGAAGCAUCCAAGUUUGCUAAGCUUUGGGUUCCUUUCUGUAAGAAGUAUGGUAUUCAAACUAGAGCUCCCUUUAGAUACUUCUCCAGAGAGUUGUUACCAUCCCAUGAUAAUUCAACGGAGUUCCUACAAGAAUACAGAAAGAUAAUGGACGAAUAUGAAGAGCUUAGACGAAGAAUUGAACACGCAACCCUGAAGUCAAUUUCACAUGAGCUUAGUACUGCAGAUUUUGUCGCUUUCUCAAAUAUAAAAAAGGGAAGCCAUCCAACUAUAAUCAAGGUUAUAUUGGAGAACAAGGAGAGCCGCUCUGAUGGACUGCCACAUCUAGUCUAUGUAUCCAGGGAGAAGGAUCCCAAGCAUCCACACCAUUACAAAGCCGGUGCCAUGAAUGUUCUGACCAGAGUCUCUGGAGCUAUGACAAAUGCUCCUUUCAUGCUGAACGUAGACUGUGAUAUGUACGCCAACAAUCCACAGAUUUUUCAUCAUGCAAUGUGUUUGCUCCUCGGUUCCAAGAAUGAACAGGACUGCGGGUUUGUUCAGUCUCCACAAUGCUUCUAUGAUGGACUAAAGGACGACCCAUUUGGAAAUCAGCUAGUAGUUUUGUAUAAGUAUCUGGGAAGUGGGAUAGCAGGGCUUCAAGGACCUACGUACAUUGGAACGGGAUGUUUUCAUAGAAGAAAAGUUAUCUAUGGGUUAUGGCCAGAUGGCAGGAUGGAGAUCAAAGGAAGAAGUGGUAUGCAGUCAAUUUAUUUCAUUACAAUUUUCUACUUCUUGGUAGGAAAAUUAACUGAUGAGAGAAUACAAAAAACAUUCGGAAAUUCAAAGGAAUUCACCAAAACAGCUGCAAGGAUCUUAUCCGGGUUGAGCGGGAUUUCGCAUUGUCCAUAUGAUCUUUUGAAUCGGGUUGAGGCAGCACAAGAAGUUGCAACUUGCAGCUACGAGUAUGGAACUAGCUGGGGUACAAAGAUUGGUUGUUUAUAUGGAAGCACAACAGAAGACGUCCUCACAGGUAUGAGGAUACAGGCAAGAGGUUGGAAAUCCACAGAUUGCCGGCCUGACCCUCCUGCAUUUCUUGGGUGCGCACCCUCAGGAGGGCCUGCUGCACUUACCCAACAGAAGAGAUGGGCCACUGGCCUCCUUGAGAUCCUGUUCAGCAAGAACAGCCCAUUCAUUGCCGCCUUCACUGCAAAGCUCCAAUUUCGCCAAUGCCUUGCAUACCUGUGGUUUAUUUCAUGGGCUUUACGGUCAAUUCCCGAGCUUUGUUAUCUUGCUUUGCCAGCAUAUUGCAUCAUGGCCGGCUCACAUUUCUUGCCCAAGGUCCAAGAGCCAGCUGUGUUGAUACCAAUAUCCCUCUUUGUCAGUUACAAUUUUUACACUCUAUUUGAAUACUAUGGAGCUGGGUUUUCAAUCCGAGCAUGCUGGAACAAUUUGAGGAUGGGGAGAAUAACCGCAGUGACUGCAUGGUUAUUUGGAUUUUUCAGUGUCAUUCUAAAGCUCCUGGGGUUAUCGGAGACCGUCUUUGAAGUUACAAAAAAGGACCAAUCUACUACUCCUGGUGAAGGCAGUGACAAGGAUGCUGGUCGAUUCACCUUUGAUGGGUCUCUGAUUUUUGUUCCGGCCACUACUCUUUUGUUGGUGCACCUGAUGGCACUUGUUACAGCCUUGUUAGGACUAUUUGAUCAUGUCGGGAUCGAAUCAAGAAUAGGGGAGAUAAUAUGUAGCGUGUGGGUGGUGCUAUGCUUCUCGCCGUUUCUUAAAGGCCUGUUUGGGAAAGGAAAAUAUGGGAUACCCACAUCCUCCAUAAGCAAGUCAGUAGCUUUGGCAUUGCUUUUUCUUGCUUGCACUACUACAGUAAGAAAAUGA